CAAAGUGAGCUCUAUUACGUGCUGCCCUACGGAGUACUUGUACUGAUGUAGCCCCGCGGCGGGGCACAAGACUUGGCGCUUGGACCCCCGGAAUGGCAGCCUGAGCCACUGUAGCUAGCCUGGGUGUGCACUGGCCACCACCCGCUGACCAGCUGCUGGAACAUCACGAGCCACACUGUCCAGUCCAGUCCAAACCCUUUGACUUUCCUCCGCCCCGGACUUAUCAGCUGACAAGCAAGCACCAGUCCCCUGACCUGCGAUCAGUCGUCCCUGGCGUCGCGCGAUUUCACCAGUUCCUCGACAUCGAUACUCAACCUUCAACCGCGUACCUAUUGCAUCAUUGAUCUCGAACUACCAACCAGCCGCGCAUCGUACUGUGUCCCACGCCCCCCUCCAACGAGCGCCGGCGACGUCGAUCGUCGAGCCAGACAAAUGUCGGCAGCACAGGGCGCGACGACGAACUCGUCUUCCUCGCCUCUGCAAUUCGCAACAUUCACCUCUGAGAUCGAACUCCCCUUUUACUCGGCGCUCUUCGCCUCCAAGCUUGACUAUGACAAGCUGGACGACUCCGCGCGCGGCGUCCUAGGCCUGUACGAGCCGCGGCUCGAGGAGCCCGAUGCGAGCUGCAACAUGCAGAUCCUGGGGAACGCCUUGACGUGCACAGAGGCCCCUCUCGCUUCCGCGCGCGGCGAGGGCAUCAUCAAGAACGCAAACACCCUCGACGCCUUUCGUAACACGGACAAGACGGCCAUGGUGCAGACCGCUGGACGGCAGAUCUGGGAUGCCAUCAACGACGGCAGCAUUUACUCGGUCCCGUCGCUUCUCUCGUCCUUCAUCAUUCUCUCCUACGCCGACCUCAAGAAAUACAAGUGCACCUAUUGGUUCGCAUUUCCGGCGCUACAUUCCGACCCCCAGUGGAAACGCAGCGGACCGGCCGAGCAUCUGAAAGUCGAUGAGAGCAGCGCGCUGCUGGAAAAGGUGGGCACAUGGCGCUACAGCGUCGAUGGGAGAGAGCGCGGGUUCUUCCUGGCCAAGAAAGUCCGCACACCAGGAGAAGAUACCGACGAGGAUACAACACAGACGCUAGGCUAUCGGUGGGAGGUUGCCUCGUUGCGGGCGUUCGAGGAGGGAUUCUUCAACGAGGUACCCGAGAACGACCGCUACGUCUCCUUUGUGGACCCCUCGACCUACCCAGAAGGACCAGGCUGGCCGUUACGCAACCUCUUGAUCCUGAUCCGGCAGCGCUACAAGUUGGGCAAGGUGAAGAUCCUGUGCUUCCGCGACAUUUGGGCACGAAGGCAUGAGUCGCGCAGCGUGAUCCUUCCUAUUGAGAUGGACCCCACGGAGAAAGUGGUCAUGGCAGACAUGCCCAAGGUCACAGGGUGGGAGAGGUCACGGAAUGGGAAAUUGCAGGCACAGCAGGCGAACCUCGGAGAGUAUAUGGACCCCUCACGGAUCGCCGACUCGUCAGUCGAUUUGAAUCUGAAGCUCAUGAAGUGGCGUCUGGCGCCCGACCUGGACCUGGACCGCAUAAAGAAUACAAAGUGUCUCCUGUUAGGCGCGGGCACACUGGGCGGCUACGUCUCAAGAAACUUGCUUGGCUGGGGUGUCAGAAAAGUCACAUUCGUGGACUACGGAAGAGUGUCGUUCUCCAAUCCUGUGCGGCAGCCCCUGUUCGAAUUCGAGGACUGCGUGGACGGAGGCAAGCCCAAGGCGGCAGCGGCCGCCGCCAUGCUGAAGAGGAUAUAUCCCGGAGUCGACAGCGAGGGACAUUCGCUAUCGGUUCCCAUGCUGGGGCACCCAUACACUGACGAGGCCAAAACAAAGGCCGACUACGACAAGCUUCACGCUCUGAUCGACGCGCACGACGUUGUCUUCCUCCUGAUGGACACGCGGGAGUCGCGCUGGCUGCCGACUGUCAUGGCAAAAGCCGCUGGCAAGAUCGUCAUGAAUGCCGCUCUCGGCUUCGAUUCGUACGUUGUGAUGCGACACGGCGCUGAGAGCACAGAGGCCGAUGCGCCGUCGCUGGGCUGCUACUUCUGCAACGAUGUCGUGGCACCAGCUGAUUCCAUGAAAGACCAAACGCUCGAUCAGCAGUGCACCGUCACACGUCCCGGUGUCGCAGCCAUCGCCUCGGCUCUCCUCGUCGAGACGCUCACCAGUCUGCUCCAGCAUCCCAAAGGCAAUCACGCGCCCGCUCCGCAGCUGACUCAAGGGUCUGUGCCCGAGCGUGAUCCCCCGUCACACCCUCUGGGCCUCGUGCCACACCAGAUCCGGGGGUAUGUCUCAACAUUUCAGAACAUGGUCAUCAGAGGCCAGUCGUACGACUGCUGCAGCGCGUGUAGCCCCAAGAUUCUUGAAGCGUAUCGGAGCGACGGCUGGGGGUUUGUGAAGAGGGCGCUGCAAGAGAGGGAGUAUGUCGCGGAACUGUCAGGCUUGGCCGAGGUGCAGAGACGGGCGGAGGAACUGGACGCUGAACUGGACUGGGAUGAAGACGACGAUGCUUUGGCGGCCGAGGAGGGUGAAGGAGAGCUCCUGUGAGCCCCCAGAAACAUACAUACAUUUGAUGGUACUUGUUUUAAGUUAGAUGACUGGCGUACAGCGUUUUUGGUGGAGGUUCCCGAACCGCAUGACUUUCUUGGAUUGGAGCCCGGCGCAUUGCAGACGGCACAUUAAAAGAAGUGCAAUUCCUCACACAAUGUUCCUCACACGAUGGGACAAGUUCUGCAUUCAGCUUGGCGGUGGUGACGUGUUGUCGGAUUUAUGGGUAUCGAAGUAUACUAAGUAGAAAUCCAAGUGCCACUUCCCGCGCCCGCCCCUAUGACGCCUUCAUGCAAAUGACAAAACAUAGAAGAUUUCCCCCGUGUACAGGCAGAACAGAAUUGAGAGCAGGUUAUUAGAGAGGGGGUUGUUAC